AUGCGGAUACGUCUGCCUUUUGCAGGUGUCUUCCUGUUCCUUUUAUUGAUAUCAGGGUAUGCCGGCCUCAGCAAGCUCCAGCUCGGACACUUUGUCAACGACAAAGUCUUGCACGCCGGGACCUUCUUCCUGCUUACCGUUGUAUUCUACUGGAUUGUCGACACCAAUCGCCGCCGAACCCUAAACACGACGUUGGUUGUUUGCACUCUAUGCCUCGGCGUAGGAUCAGAGUUUCUGCAGAGCUUCCUUCCCAAUGAUCGCGACUUUGACCUCUUCGAUAUCGUGGCGAACAUGGUUGGCAGCUUGGCUGGUUUGGGGUUGUGCUCGUGGUACCACAAGCGCAUGUUGGAGCGUAAGAGGCAGAGAAAAUCGUACAAUCCCGUUCCAGGAGAGGAUGUCGAAGACGUGGAAUUGGGCGAGGGCCACGAGAGUGGCAUUGUCGAUGCUGGCCCGUCUAGAGUACGGACAUUGGAGGAAGAGGUGGAUAACUGGGAUGAAAAUGCUCCGGAUGACUGGGCCGAGGGAGAUGUGCCGGAGACGCUAGCCCCGUCUGCCGUCAAGAGUAAAGAACCUGACACGAUUGACACGGACAUUGGCGAUGCAAAGAAGCGAACGGACUAG